AUGUCCGCACAUCAACGAGAUCAUGUUGAAAAUGGCGAUAGUCGUCAUGGUCGGCCGGCGAAGCACGCUGUGGAGCAAAAGGCUCGGAAGGCUUGUAUUAAUUGCAGACGGCAGAAAAUGAGAUGUAUUAUCGAAGGUAACGAUGCAUGCCGUCGAUGCCGCCGGUCCGGCCUUCCUUGCAUCUUUGUGCCGCGUGCAAAUGCUGCAACGCUACCAGGUGCUGUGACUGAUACCAAAGAUGUCGAUUUUAAAACGGAUGUUUUGCGUAGAUUGAAGGUAAUUGAGGAUAGCCUUGGGAUCUCUGUAGCGGAUGGGAUCCUCCCUGAGUCUGCAAUUCUUGACGGCGGAUCCAAUGACGGCGAGGAGCUCUCGGUGGAGUUCAGCAGCUUAGGUGCUCUAUGGGACGCAGCAGAGGUGCUCCAGUCAAGUGCUCCCAGCUCAGUUCCUCAAUAUAUAUGGCGUAAGAGCACCAUUAAAGACCUUUGGCUGUCUUUUCAUGAACGAAUGCCAGGGCUGCAUUUUAUGCACCGGAAGCAAACAUUUUCUGCGCCACAGCCUCUACUUCUGGCAUCAAUUUUGUAUUGCUCAAGCACUCGUGGACCCUCGGAGACGCAGGGUAUUGCGCCUCAUUACUUCGCUGUCCUUUGUAAUGCAAUCGCGCAGCUGUGCGUUCCCGGGAGUGAAGUCGGCACGGUACCACAGGAUACUGAAGAAUGGGCCUUUCAAACUGUACUUGGUAUUGUGCUCGCUGGACUCCUGAAUGAGGCAAUUGUUCGCGAGACAGGGGUUUGGAUUUCGAUAGCCUAUCGGCUCAUUUUGGAACAUUGUCCUGCGCAUAUUGACGAGACAUCGCGGGAAUGGCGCAAACUCUUCAGUGGAGUUCAGAUAAUUGACCUUGAACAUGCCUCUCUCCAUCUAUCUUGUCCCGUGAUACCGAUUGAGUCACCUCUACCGGGACUGCAAACGUCACAUCGAGACCAACUUUAUAGACUAUCUCGUAUGAUGCAUACUGGACUCACCCAUUUCACCGGGCGAGGAUUACCGACAAUCUGGUCUUGCUUUACCGGCCAAACCUCGGCGGUUGUGAAUCUGGAUAAUAGAUUUACACCUGUCGACGCCGCAGUGAUAAGGGAUUGGGCUAGACAACUCGAUGAAUGGCUAGUAGAGUUUAGUCAAGAUUCGGAAGGCUCGGAGCAGGAGUUGAGGGCUGUUUUCCGUCAAUACGUAUUACAUCGAUUAGUUGUUUUAUCUAUCUACCACCCUGCGAGGGGCUGUGAUCUGUGGUCCAACAGUACUACACCUACGGAACAACAUGAAUUGCUCCUUUCAGCUCGAGCGACACUAAAGCUACAUUUACAUGAUGACUCCAUUUGGGCCAAUUGGGAUUUGAUCAUGAUAACUUGGGCCGCACUUAUUGUUGUACAAGGUAUUGAGGGUGGGGCCGGUGAGCCUGACGAUGUUGCAAACAUACGAAUACAUCUCGAAAUGUUGAAGCAGAUGAAUAAGCCGAAACCCAGCCUCUGUGAUAAACUAAUAAAUCGAUUGGAAGGUAGCCUUGCCAGUGUGCACACACCCGUGUCAGCAGAUUUUCAGCAUAAUUCAUUUGAGAAUUUGGAUAUGGGUGCUCAUAUGGACCAGUCAUGGCAGAUAUUUGACCAUUCUAGCCUUCAUCAAAUGAUGUACUACGACUGGGCGACUCAUGAACAAAGUCUCGAUUAA